GUGUUUGGUUUAUCCACCGCUGGAUGUCUCACUUUGUUAACAUAUAAAACUGCAGGGAUGGGAGAGACGACAGACAGGCAAGCAGGGAAGGAGGAGGUUAUGAUAACAUAGAGGCUUAAUUAUGCAGUCAGCGAGACUAGGUAAUAGCUCUCAGUGAGAGAGAGAGAGAGAGAGAGAGAGAGAGAGAGAUCGGUCAGUCUCAUCCAGUCCUUCCCUCGCCCAUCUUUCGUCUUCUCCCGUUCAGAUUGGAGGUGACAGGUGACUGGGCAGUCUGUCUGUGCAGCGCACUCCGUUUAGCGGAUGUUCUUGUGCCAGCUGCUUCCCACCGCGGUGAGGCUGGACAGAUAAACUCACCAUGGCGCUGGAAACGGAGGGGAACAACCGGCUCCUGCAAGACGUGCUGGCGAGACCUGGUAACGAAACGUGUGCUGACUGCGGCAAUCCAGAGCCAGACUGGGCGUCACUGACGUUGGGUGUGUUUGUUUGCCAGGCCUGCUCGCUCCUUCACCGAAGCAUCCCCCACAUCAGCCGGGUCAAGUCCAUCCAGGACACGUGGGAUGCCAGUGAAGUGGAGUUAAUGGCUGCUAUGGGAAACAGUGCAGCGAAGGCCAAAUAUGAACAGAAGGUUCCUGCUUUCUACUACAGACCAACACACACUGACUGCAAGCUGCUGAGAGAGCAGUGGAUCAGAGCCAAGUACGAGAGGAAUGAGUUUGAGUUUAUCGAGAAACAGGAGCCAUACUCUGCAGGGUACCGAGAGGGGUUUCUAUGGAAACGAGGAAGAGACAACGGUCAGUUUUUCAGCCGAAAGUUUGUUCUGUCGGAGAGGGAGGGAGCGCUAAAAUACUUCAACAAGCAGGACGCGAGGGAUCCCAAGGCAGUGAUGAAAAUUGAGACCCUCAAUGCCACCUUCCAGCCAGCCAAGAUUGGCAACCCCUGUGGCCUGCAGAUCACCUACCUGAAAGACAACAGCACAAGGAACAUCUUUGUCUACCACAAUGAUGCUAAGGAGAUGGUCGACUGGUUCAAUGCAAUCAGAGCAGCCAGGUUCCACUACCUACAGGUGGCUUUCCCUGGAGCAGGUGAUGAGGAGCUGGUGCCCAAGCUGACCCGAAACUUUAUGAAGGAAGGCUUUAUGGAGAAAACAGGCCCCAAGCACACAGAGGGCUUCAAGAAGAGGUGGUUCACUAUGGAUGACAGGAGACUUAUGUAUUUUAAAGAUCCACUGGAUGCCUAUGCCCGUGGUGAAGUGUUCAUUGGCAGUAAGGAGAACAGCUACACUGUUCUGUCCGGCUUGCCCCCGACCAUCCAGGGCUACCACUGGAACCAUGGCAUCACCAUCGUUACACCUGAAAGGAAAUUUCUGUUUGCCUGUGAAACAGAGGCAGAGCAACGGGAUUGGAUAGCAGCCUUUCAGAGGGUCAUCAAUCGGCCAAUGAGGCCGCAGGAAUAUGCAGUGGAGGCCCAUUUUAAACACAAGCCUUGAAGCCUGUAGGAAGCCACAACUCAGCUGGAGCGGCCCAGUCUCAGUCAGAUCAGAGACAACCCCAGUGUGCGACCACAGAUCAUGGUGGGAGGAGGUGGGGUAGUGUUGGCGGACAGAAGCGGGUGUUGGGAUGGUUUGAGAUGAGAAAAGGUAACAAAGAUUAAGAAGUGAAAGAGACACAGGGACUCAAGUGCAGAAACGCCAACUCUAACGGACUCAUGGCCCCUCAUGGGGUGAAUGUUGGUGAUCUGCGGCCAAAGCAUAGAUGAUGUCAUGACUCUUGCGCCUACCAACCUUGUGCUAUACAUCAUCAUGCCAACCACCCCCCUCCUCCUUGAAACAGCCUCCCCUCUCCACUGGAUUUUGUCUUGUGAAUGGUUCAUUCUCCUUGCAAUCUAAUGUAAUUAUGUAAUCUAGAGUCAUUUCACUGGUUGCUUAACAAAGACAAUGCAUUGUUAAUUUAAUGAAUGUAUAGUUUUGAUGACAGUGGCUUAACUGUGUGCGUGGAAUUGUGCUGUUUUCAUUGAGGACGCUGUGAGGACUGAAACCCUGUUAAACCUGAAACCUACAAAGUGCUGUAAACAAUAUAUAUGCAUAAAAAGGCACACACAACCUCUCAGUGAUCACCGCCGCUGUUAACGUAGCUGGAGGUGGCCGAUCUGCAUCCAGACUGGUUUCUUUUACAGUUUCAGUUUGACAGCUGUUCUCUUUAUUUAUUUGUACUGUAGAACACGUUGAGUCAUCGUAGACAGUUAUCGCUGCUUUAAAGAAUUGUAACGUGACAGGAUUGUGAUUUCUAUAACACUUAUGCAGCAGUUUUAUUUAUUUUUUCCAUCUUGUUUUAAAGACGCAUUUUGUAUUGAUCCUUAAAACACAGUGAUCGUUUGUUUUAUUAUAAAAGUCGUAACAUCAAUACAGAUGAACCUGAAAUCGAGUGAAAGUCUUUGAUUUGUGUUCACUCCAGGAUUUAAGACAUUUUUGAAGACAUUUCUUCAAAUCUGCUCUUUGGGACUACAUACUGUACAAAUAUAUUGCUUUUCACUCAAGAUAUGUUGAUUAAAGGAUA